AUGGAGUCGCCGGUGACCGAAAAGCCGGAAACGAACUUCCUGAAUUGCAGUCCUACACAUUCGUGCCAAGAAUGUUGUAAUACAAAAAACGAGCUGCGGGACUUUCGAGAAGAAAUCGCUUUCCUGUCGCAUCAAGUUAUCCAGUUAAUGCAUGUGUUGUGUAUCCGCAAUUGCCGGUGCAAACGUUGCAUGUCGUUCGUUCGGUCAUCGUUCGAGACUUCGUUCGACGGUGCCUUCGAAACAGCUUCCCCGACUAAUAGCGGGUACACCAGUGAAGAUCUGAACUCGUCGAACUUAUUCGACAAGAACACCCAAAUACGCGCCUUAGCCGUGCUGAACGACGCCUCACGACGAUGCCGCAAGCGCAUAAUCGGUUCUGUCGAUCAGCUGCUGCCAAAGAUCCUGGCAGAACGCGAAUCGUACGCUCCCGUGCCGACUAUGGCCAACGCCCAGCACGAAUCAUCUAAUGACGAGAGCGUCUACCUGAACGACGUGCCUGAACUGACCAAUGAAGCAGUGGUUGACGACUCGGAACGCGUUGGUCAGCAUUACUGA